GGAGGUGUUUGGGAUUUUAGAUCAGAGUCUCUGGUGGAGUUUCCUGUCCAGCAGGAAGUGUGUUUCCUGCACAGUCCUGCCUGGCUCCAGAGGGCUGAGAGGAGAUUGGGCCUGUCCUACACAGAGCCACACAUACAAACACACACCUAUGCACACAGCUAGCCAUCGGGCUGGUCAAUAUGGACUAUGAGCAAAAGCGAGCCAAGAAGGGCUUUGUAAAGCGUCUGGUGUUCUCUAAAUCUAGCCGGCGACAGGCAGAUAAAGGCAGUGUGUACCGUAGACCCCUUCACAUGCUCCCCCUUUACCCACCUGACUACCUCAUACACCCAGAGAGACUCAUCUAUGACUAUGUGGAGAAGGAAGUCAAGUUCCUGGGACACUUGACAUGGGUGUCAUGUUCCCUGAACCCAUCGAGCAGAGACGAGCUGCUGCAGCUGCUGGACACAGCCAGGAAGCUGAGGGUUUUGCCUUUGAAAACCAGUGUGGAACAGGACUGCAUUCUCAGCCUGUCUGCUCGAUGUCUGCUGCUUACCUGGAGAGACAAUGAAAAACUCCUGCUGAGAAUCCCCACACAUGAAAUCGCUGCUGCCUCCUACCUGCGGGAUGAUGCACUGCACCUACUGGUGCUCAAAACUGGUCUGAAUGUGGACACUGUACUAGCCGGUGACAGUCUGGAGAAGAGGCCCACUGGUUUGGAAAGCCGCAGACAAACUAUAAGCAACACUGACCCCAGGCCUGCAGGGGGCACUAUGGAGCGUCGCCACACCAUCUGUGGUGUGGACUGGAAGCUCUCAUCCCGCCAUGAGCCUAAACAGGGAAGCGUGGGUGUAGGAGGUGGGACAGGGGGUGGAGGAGGUGGUGUUGAUGGUGACAGCCUGGAAGGGAAACGUGUGAGUGGGAGUUGGGAGCGUAGACAGACCCGGAAGCCAUGCGGAGGUAGCUGGGAGAAACGGACGAUGAGUGGGAGCUGGGACCGGAGGCCUGUAGGGGGCAGCUGGGAGCGUGGGGGAGGUGGAGGGGUGGUAGGAGGAAGCUGGGAAAAGAGGCACGGGCCUGGAGCUAAACCAGGUGGAAGCUGGGAACGGAAACACACGCCAGGUGGGAGUUGGGAACGCAGGCAAGCUUGCACAGGGAGCUGGGAGAGAGGAAAGUCCUACGGCAGCUGGGAGAGGAGGAACCAUAAUCCUCUGGAGCCCAUGCCAUGCCCUAAUGCCUACUGCAACCUCAUCAUACUGGCCGUGGAGAACAGGGACGCUGCAGAGGAGUACUGCGCGCUCAUCUGUCAAAUGUUUCAGAUCAUCUAUGGACAUCAGACCAUUGAAUGUGUCGACAGGGCGGGAUAUCACUACACCAUGCCUGACCGUUAUUGGCUACAGAGAAGUGACAGCUGCCUUACUGACAUGACAUAUGGCUAUGACACAGACUUCAGCUGCUGCAGUUCAUAUGAUGGUUCACAGGAAGCAUUUGAUCCAUAUUAUAGUGAGAACUACAGUGAGAGCUCAUCUCUCUCCUGCCAUGAGUCACAUCGAAGCCUGGCCUCCACACACAGCGACUCUGAGCCCUGUAAUGCCAGUCUGCAGGAGUACAUGAUCAUUUUGAGGAGUAAGCUGACACCUCAGGAGAUUCAGCAGUUUGCUCUGUUUCUGAGAGAAUACAGACUUGGUGCUCCAAUAGAGCAGUUCUGCACUGACCUGCUACAGCUCUAUGGAGACUCACGCAAGUUCCUGCUGCUUGGCAUGAGGCCCUUUGUUCCAGAUAAGGAUGUAGGAGUGUUUGAGACAUUUCUGGAAGACAUUGGGAUCCGAGAGGGUGGGAUUUUGACAGACAGUUUUGGCCGGAUCAAGCGGAGCAUGAGCAGCACAUCUGCCACAGCAGUCCGUGGCUAUGACGGCUGGACUCUCCCCUCCGGUUCCCAGGAUUUUAACCGCAGAAUUGAUGACAUCACACACAACAUUGAGGCUUUAGGCUUUGAGGAGGGGAACGGAGACAUAGAAGAGGAAGACUAUUAUUUGUGAAACACACAGAAUGAACUUACUGUACAUACUGUAUAUAAAUGUAAGCUACUAUAUAUUUGAACUGGUGCACUGGAGAGUUUUUCAAAACAGGGUUUAGGUCACAAAUUUCUUUAUAUUUAUAUAUA